AUGAAAAGCAACUGGAGAGACAAGAAAAAUGGAAGGCGUUGGAUUCGAUCCGCCUUUGGAAACGGAUCGUUGUUGGCUGCCUGCGCCGGAAUGAUGAUCGUUGUGCUGUGCUACAAAAUGACGAAGCCAGUUGAAAGAAGGACGGAGGGAAGCGAAAAACAGGGAAUUAAGGCGGAGGGAAGGCAAGAAAAAAAUGCCCGCGAGGAGGAUUCCUUCGCUCCACCGAUCGCCGACGACAUCCAACGUCGGGCAGUACCGCGCCCACCCUCCGCCCGACCGAAAACCUACACUCCCAUUACAGUCGCCGCUGAUGCAAAGAGGCAAGAAGCAGAUCUGCUGGCGGGGUUGUUGUUUUUUCUUCCACCUGAACAGCAGCGCCAAUCGCUGAUGCAGCGGCUUCACUCCAUUAUGAGCGCUGGCACCCGGGUAGCCGGUUCCCUCUCGUCCGGUCAAAUGAAGGUCAUGAAGUUGUUAACUGAAAACGGCACCUGGCGCCCGCCGAGAGAAGCGCUUUUCACGCCAAAGGGCGUUUCGAACCUCAAGCGGGUACCGGUACCUCGUUGGAACCUCGAAUGGGAUAACUUCACACACUCAACACCGUUGGGAGAGCGCAAAUUCUUCAACUUAGUCUUCACUUUUGCUGGUGGCGCGGCAUUUAAACGGAAGUCCCACGAAAGAGAAACGAAGAAAGAAAAUAGGGGAAAUUUUUCAGAAACACGGGGGAGGGAUCAAAAACGCGGCGAAAAUGAGAAGAAGAGGAAAGGAGGGGGAGAAGAGGGAAAACGAAGAAGGGGCCGACGGAAACGGCGGUCAUUCGCCUUCUCCUCUAACCACACAUUUGCGGAAGAACGACUGAAACACGUGAUGUUGUCAGCCCACUGGGACAGUAAAUAUUACACCGACAUUAACUUUUUAGGUGCUUCCGACUCCGCCGUCCCGUUGGUGUACUUACUGGAAACCAUGCGGCUUAUAUCCGUCCUCUCUGACACGGUUGCGGCGCUGUCCGAGGCCGGUAACAAACCGCGGUGGAGGAACUCUCGGGCAACAGAUCAUGACGAUGAGGCCCUGUGUCGUUGGGUACCUCGUGUACUUUCACCAUCUUACCUUACUGUGUUGCGGUACUAUUACGCCCAGGAUAGGGAGUCUUCCGCAUGCCUGAGUGGGGUCACGGGUUCGUUAUGGCAGAGGCGCUCCAUGAGAAACUCGAAAACUUCGGCUAAACGCCAGGUGGGAGGUGGUUUUCUUCAGUUGCUUCGGCGGGUGAAUCACCUCCCAGCCAUCACUGUUGCCUUGUUUGAUGGCGAGGAGGCCUUCGUGCGUUGGGAAGGAGAUGACAACACAUACGGUUCUUCUCAUCUUGCAAAGAUGUGGAAGAUGAUGAAUAUCAGUGGCAACAUGAACGCGGGAGGUAAUGUGAGGAUGAACAAGGUUAAGGUUGUUAACAGUAUGAAGGUGGAAUUGGGCUCCGUAUCAGAAGACUCAGAAGCGGCUGCAUCGUCACGCUUUAAUUCUAUCGAUCUUUUUAUAUUGUACGACCUCAUGGGUAGUGCUGGGACGCAGUUUCAAAAUUUCUUUCCCGAUCAGAGCGGAAUAGCUUUUGCGCGGCUUGCCGAUGUGGAACGCAUGCACCGGCGCGAAGCGGCCGAACUGUGGCGACUUCAAGAAGAAGCGGGAAAGGUUGAGGAAAACAAGCGGAAGUGGUGGCGGUCGGAAACAACGUCGAAAUCAUCGUCAGCUGCCGCACCAACAAGCGAUGCAAGCCGCAUUUCAUCAUUUAAAAAAGCAUGUUCAAAAUAUCUGCCGCGGCUAUGGUGCUUACACGGUCCGCCACAUGAGAUGUUCACAUUGUACGGCGUGCCGCGCCUAGACGGCACAUCGUUGCCCAGCAGUGAAUUGGCCAAUUUGUGGUUGCCACCCGCCAGUGGUGACAACGCGGGCAGCACAAACACCAACAAUGAUGGAAAAAAUAGUGAGGUUGGUCGCAAUGUCAAUGUGUUCUUUCCUUCUUGGCAAGCACGGGCUCAAGGUCCAAUACUUGAGGGCAUCUCAGGGGUAAUGGACGACCACACACACUGGCUAGAGACGGAGCGUGUGCUGCAUCUUAUACCGAUUCCUUUUCCGCCUGCGUGGCACACGGCUCAAGAUAAUGAAAGUGAAAUUGAUGGUGGCACCGUCGUCGAUCUUUUUCGUGUGCUGAGUGACUUCUCCUUGCGACUAGGUGAGGGAUGGAUGGAUGCAAGUUGA